UUUGAAUGCACGGCGUUUUCAAGAUGGCUGAUUAUCGGGAUGCGCCCUUGGCGUCUCGUCCUAAAACCUUGGACCCUGCGGAGUAUUUUGCAGUUUCCCCGGCUAAAAGGAAGGCAGAGGAGGAGAGGGCAGCGAUUCGAGCCCAGCUGAAGAGACAGUUUCAACUGCAGCUGAACGAUCCGCGGAGGGUCACGACCAUUGAAGACCCGGCUCUGACCCGCUGGACCUAUGCCCGUGUCUCCAACGUUUACCCUACCUUCAGGCCCACUCCCAAGAACUCUUUACUGGGGGCUGUGUGUGGGAUAGCCCCUCUUUUGUUCUGGUACUUUGUCUUCAAAACAGACCGGGAUCGUAAGGAGAAGCUGAUCCAAGAGGGCACAAUUGAACGCCCCUUCCAGUUGUCAUCUUGAGACUCAUCCCACAAGCUGCCAUCGCAUGUUUCUGAAGGACUCCUUAUGUUUAAUAUCAGCUGAAUUGUAAAAUAAAUCUUAUUAUUGUGGAA